AUGGCGGGCUACCAGACCUCGUUCUUAAUUCAUAACAUUUUGAGUCGAGGGACUGAAAAAAAUAUUGUGUCCCGGGAUUAUGCCGACGAAUUUACGAAUUCAAAGCUCCUCGAAAAGUCAGAUGGAAUAAGAUGUUCAAUGCAGUCUGAGGACAGUAAUGAGGAUGGGAGAGGUAAGGGCAUCGUUCGUGGGAAUGGUCGGACUGUUCCUUGCGUCCUUGAUGUUGAUUCAACAUCAGACCGACAGUCUUGCGAAGAGGAAUAUACUGGAGAAGAGUCCUCACAUCAAGGAAACCGACAAAUCAUUGACCGAGAGAAUGUGGAGAGCUGUAACUUUGUAGAUCGUCACCCUAAAUCCAGCAAGAAAAGGUCUCGUGCUGCCUUCUCGCAUGCGCAGGUCUAUGAACUGGAGAGGCGAUUUAACCUGCAGCGGUACUUGUCCGGACCGGAGCGCGCGGACUUAGCAGGCGCUCUGAAACUGACGGAGACACAGGUGAAGAUUUGGUUUCAAAACAGGAGAUAUAAAACUAAACGACGACAAAUUGCAGCUGAGCUUGCUGCAACCUCUACGUCUACACUAGCGAAGAGGGUUGCUGUGAGAGUCCUCGUAAAGAAUGACCAGAAGCAAUACAGAGCUGAAGACUUGGCCACGCCGCAUUUUCUUCCUUUACAUCAGUCAUAUCAAUAUUGCCCUUACUUGUACUGUAUACAGCCUUGGCUGUCGAAUUCCACGUUAAAUGGGGGUUUGUACUGA